AUGGCUCGCAUAAAGAAACAUCAAAAUAAACCGCGAAACCAAAAAACGAAGCAUCUUCGUCGCAAGCCAAAUAUUCCCGAGUUAGUUUACAAGUUCCUCGUUGCGAAUGAAGCUUUUGACUAUACAAAUAGUCAUAUAGAUAUAUGCCGUUAUUGCGAUAAAAAAAAAAGUCAUGACGAGGUUUUGGAUUCUUCGCAAAUCAUCGACGGAAGCACGAGCUACAAAAUAAGGCAAGAAGGGCGUAAGAAUAGUGGCAAAAUUUCGAAAUUGCACAAUGUCAAGCGAUGUCACGUCUCCAGAGGCCUACCGAUCUCAUAUCUACAACGCUGCGUGAACGACGAAGAUGCGAGAAAGGCAACAAGAAAAUAUAUGAAAAAAGCGUUGGACUUUGGUGUCGAGUCCGGUUAUCUUAUCCCCUCGGAUCCUGCGUACAAGAUUCUACGCGUGUCCUCCGAUUUGAUGAAAAGCGACUCGUCUCUCUCAAGAAACAAAAUUAACGAGAUUUGCAACAUGGCUCUCUCUAAGAAUCGCAAUAUUUCGACCAGGCUCAACGAACUUCAAGUGCAAGAGCAAGGGAAAAGGCAAAGAAGACGUCGAAGAUCAGAUCGAAAAUCGAGAAGAGAUUCGAAAAUGCGUCGUAAAAGCAGAAGCAGAAGCAGAAGCAGAAGCAGAAGCAGAAUCAGAAGAGGAAGAAGGAGUAGAUCUCGUGGUGGAGGACGUCGAAGAUACAGGUAAUUAUCAGACGUAAUAUCACAUAAUUCACACGAUAUAAUAUGAUUAAUACCAUAUAAGUAGAAAACCUCGAGAUAAAACUUACGAAAACUCUAUUAAUUGUAAUUUGCAAAAAAAAUUGCCAUGAUCAAAAAUAAGAGGGCAACAAAGGAAGAGAUAAAUUUGAG